GCUUCUGCAGUGCUUCUCUGCUCCAAUGCAAACUAUUCUGUGUCACAAAUACCAUGUGCAUUUGAAACUUGACAUGCAAAUAACUUUCGUUUCUGCAGGCGGACAAACGAGUGCACCGAGCGGUCAUUGCGUGCUCUUUGCUGAUAAUGGCGGAAGCGAAUGCCAGUGUUGUUCCCAGUGAUGAAGGAAAGGAAAAGUUUAAGAAAAGUGAACAUGUUGCUUUCUAUAGACAGCAGAUACAGGGCCCAAACAGACUGUACAGAAUCCUUUUGGACUCUAUGGUGCUUAAUGAAAAUGGAGCUCAGUUUGAACUGCUGGAGACUGACACACAGACUAAGUUGCAGUUAAUUCUAUCGCCCUGUGAAAACAACACCAUAAGGAUACUGAUAGAUGAACCUCAGCCGAUUAAAGCUCGCUACAAAGUCAAAGAUGUGAUCACAGCUGAGCCAAAGUCUGAAAGGGUAAGGGUGGAAAAACAGACUAAAGACUCAGUCACACUCUCCUGGUUGACUGGACUAUAUCAGGUCUGUGUUUGGUGUUUCCCAUUUCACAUAGAGAUCCUGUGUGAAGAAGAAGUGAUUGCAACAUUUAACCCAAAAAAUAAACUCUGGUUUGAGUCACUGCAGGAUCCUAAAAGGGCAACAACUAGCGCUACGAAGGAAGACCACAAUGCAUUAUGGAAAGAGACCUUUAGACAGUUUGUGGAUUACAAGACUAAUGGUCCCAGCAGUGUUGGAGCAGAUCUGCGAUUUCAUGGUUCCAGUCAUGUUUUUGGACUCCCUGAACAUGCUGACCAACUGCAGCUACGAGACACCAGAGACAAUGAACCUUACCGGCUGUAUAAUCUGGACGUCUUCGCGUAUGACUUGAACUCUCCUCUUGGCCUUUAUGGCUCUGUACCCUUUGUGCUGGCCCACUCCUCAAACAGGACAAUAGGGGCUUUUUGGCUGAAUGCUUCAGAAACAUUUGUAAAUGUUAACUACAGUGUGACUGAUAAGGACGAAUUGACCCCUCCAGUGAAGAGGAGGCGCACUCAGCCCCACACAGACCUCCACUGGCUCUCUGAGUGUGGGGUCAUUGACUGCAGGAUUCUACUCGGGCCUCAACCUAAACAAGUCUUUUCACAGUACGCUCAGCUAACAGGAUUCCAGUCACUGCCCCCUCUGUUUGCUCUUGGGUAUCACCAGUGUCGCUGGAAUUAUGAUGAUGAAGCCGAUGUUAAAGCUGUAGACGCUGGAUUUGACCGCCAUAAAAUUCCAUACGAUGUCAUUUGGUUGGACAUCGAACACACAGAUGGGAAACGCUAUUUCACCUGGGACCCUGUACAUUUCCCCAAACCAACAGAGCUACAGCGCCACCUACAGAAGAAGAAGAGGAAGCUUGUCGUUAUAAGUGACCCUCACAUCAAACUGGACCCUGAUUGGUCGCUUUUCCUUGAAGCUCGUGACAGUGGACAUUUUGUCAAAGACAGAGAGGGGCAGAUUUUCAGGGGGUGCUGCUGGCCAGGUGAAUCCUGUUACUUGGAUUUCACUAACCCAGCCACACGAGCAUGGUACUCCAGAUGCUUUUCUCUCAGUAACUAUAAGGGUUCAACAUCCUUGUUGUUUGUGUGGAAUGAUAUGAAUGAACCGUCUGUGUUUGAUGGACCUGAGCAGACGAUGCCCAAGGACGCAGUGCACUCUGGAGGCUGGGAGCACAGAGACCUGCACAACUUGUAUGGCUUCUAUCAGCAUAUGGCUACUGCUGAAGGCCUGUUAACUCGGUCUGGUGGACAACAUAGGCCAUUUGUGCUGACACGCUCCUUCUUUGCUGGUUCACAGAGAUUUGGUGCAAUAUGGACAGGGGACAAUGUGGCUACAUGGGAUUAUCUGAAGAUCUCAAUCCCGAUGGUAUUGUCCCUUAGUGUGGCAGGCAUUGCAUUUUGUGGUGCGGAUGUGGGUGGAUUUGUGCAGGAUCCAGACCCUGAGUUACUGGUGCGAUGGUACCAGGCCGGAGCACUCACCCCAUUUUUCCGAGGGCAUUCUGCCAAAGAGACAAAGCGCCGUGAGCCCUGGCUGUUUGGGGAAGAAGUUACUGCUGCAAUUCGCGACAUUAUCCAGCAGAGAUAUCAACUCCUACCGUAUUGGUACACAUUGUUUUACUGGGCUCACACAGUGGGACAACCUCCUCUCAGACCUCUUUGGGUGGAGUUCCCAACAGAGGAGGACACCUUCACUGUGGAAAAUGAAUACAUGAUUGGUGGCGCUCUCUUGGCCUGUCCCAUCACUGACCCUGGUAUCCAACAAAUCCAAGUCUUGCUGCCAGGUUCUGAAGAAAUCUGGUAUGAUGUCCAAUCACUGAAGGUGCACAAAGGAGGCAGGACUGUUAGACUACCUGUCACCAUGGAUACUGUUCCUGUGUUUCAACGUGGAGGGACUAUUAUUUGUAGAGCAACAGGCAGUGGCUCAUGUUCAGAAGAUUUCCAGAAAUUACCACUCUCCAUGACUGUGGCUCUAAACUCUCAGGAAUUUGCUGAAGGAAAUCUGUAUCUGGAUGAUGGUUUUUCAUUUAGGUACCAUGACACAAAGGCUUUCUGUCUACGCAUGUUCAAGAUGGACUCUGGUCAACUCUGCUCCUGCUCUUUUAGUGAAGAAGGAUCAUUUGUCUCUGACACAGUUAUAAAGUCAAUUACUUUUAUAGGCCUGAAGAGAAAACCAUCCACUGUGGUUGUGCACGUCUCAGGUGUUGAGGAGAGACAAGUAUUUGAAUUUGACGAGAGCCGCUGUAUUUUGACCCUGGACAACCUGAACCUCAAAGUGGUGAAAGACUGGGACAUACAGAUAGGUCUACACUGAUAUAUCACUUAGAAUAAUAUCAACUUGAAAAACUUAACAUUUUACAAUUUUUUUUAUUAAUGAGUUUAUCUGCACUGAUUUACUUACAUCAAAGUACAUUGUUAAUAAUGAACUAUUUUAGCAGAGUUUAGUGUUUAGUAUUGUCUCUGAGUGACCUGACCUUUUCCUAAAUGGUUAACCCCUUAAGAGUGGCACAAAGGGAACCAUCUAGACUCAACAUUAGGUUUUGUCAAUGAUACUAGAAGGAACUGUGAUCGUGUUGUUGAACAGCUAAUCCUACCUGUCUGAAAUAGGUGUAAAGCAGGUAUUUUGUAUGUUUGUAGUAUUAUUAUCAAAUACUACUCUGGACUUUUUAUCAUCAACUGACAUAUGUCCUAAAAUGGUGUUUUUUUAAAUGAUUGAAAUACAGGUUUAAUUAAGAUAGGAUAGACUCAGCUCAAUGCUAUUUAAUGAAUUAUGUGUGUUAUUGUUUAUAUUUUUAAAGGGCUUGGAUGUCAGAUUUAUUGUCAGUUAAUUUUAUGGUGCUAAAAUUACUUUCUUUAUUAUUGUAUGCAUGAUUUUGUCAGAUCAACAUUUGACCUAUGUUGCAUUUUGUUUUUCACGCAAUUAUGUGUAAUUGUUUAAUUAAAUGUGUUUUUAAUUCUAGAUUACACAUAUUUUACCCAAGGGUCUUCAUAGUUUCACAAUUACUACAUGGUACUGAUAUAGGAUAUAGGGACGUGAACCGUAUAACCUGAAAUACAAGCUGUACAAAUAAAUGGAAAAAGAAAAUAAUAUUGUAAUAUAGUUGUACCAGUUGUGGUUGUGCUGAGGCUGCUGUUGUCCAGACACAAUAGGUUUAAAUGGCAUGAAUGACUUCUGCUGAGGUAGGCCAUACACUGACCACUCUUUACAUGCUCAUUGGUCUUUGUGUUGCCCAACAAUGAUGGCACUAAACUCUCCUAUUGCCCAAUGAGAAGUCAACGUGUUCAGGGCUAGCUCCUGCAUGCAUGUGGCAAUGCAGAGGUGAACUGACGUGAAUUUUAGAGCAAUUUUGUGACAAAGAGGGAGGGGUGAGCUCACAUAAAGGAAACAGCCAAUCAGAAAAUAGCUCUUUGGAUUUAUGCCAGGUUUUUAGGCUUGUAUGACUUUAGUACAAGCUGCAAAAGUCAAAAUAUUGAACGGCGACGAGAUGCCCUAUACGCCGUCCGGGUUCUUUUGCGACCGCCUGAUCCGAGAGAGGGAGAGGCGGGAUGGGGAAGGGUCUCUGAACAAGCCCCUGAGGUUUAACGGACAGGACUACAACACACUGAGACAAGAGUGCCUCCAGAGAAAGGCCCUGUUUGAGGAUGAUUCUUUCCAGGCCACUGUUGAGUCUUUGGGCUUCAAGGAGCUUGGACACAAAUCCACCAAAGUCAAGAACAUCGUCUGGAAACGGCCCAAGGUACAACGAUCAUUAAGGGAGUGGAGUUUAUAGACAUUAAAGGUGCACUAUGUAACUUUUCUGGAGGAAGA